AUGGUCAAGGAAACUAAAUUUUAUGAUGUUUUGGGAGUGUCAGCCACUGCUAGUGACACUGAGUUGAAAAAGGCUUACAGAAAAGCAGCUUUGAAAUACCACCCAGAUAAAAAUUCAACACCUGAAGCUGUUGAAAAAUUUAAGGAAAUUUCUCACGCAUAUGAAAUAUUAUCAGACGAGGAAAAGAGGGAUGUGUAUGAUCAAUAUGGUGAAGAUGGAUUGUCUGGUCAAGGUGGACCGGGUAUGAAUGCCGAAGAUAUCUUUUCCCAAUUCUUUGGUGGCGGUUUCGGUGGCGGUUUUGGUGGCGGCCCACAAAGACCAACUAAAGGUAAAGACAUCAAGCACAGCAUUGGUUGUACUUUGGAGGACUUGUACAAGGGUAAGACCACCAAGUUGGCUUUGAACAAGACUGUGUUGUGUAAAGAUUGUGAUGGAAGAGGUGGUGCUGAAGGAAAAGUCAAGGAAUGUCCAGACUGUCACGGUAGCGGUAUGAAAUUUGUUACUAGGCAAAUGGGCCCUAUGAUUCAAAGAUUCCAAACUCAAUGUGAUAAAUGUCAAGGUACUGGUGAUUUGUGUGAUCCAAAAGAUAGAUGUACAACAUGUAAAGGUAAAAAGACCCAAACUGAAAGAAAGAUUUUGCAAGUUCACAUUGAUCCAGGUAUGAAGGAUGGCCAAAGAAUUGUUUUCAGCGGUGAAGGUGACCAAGAGCCAGGCAUUACCCCAGGUGAUGUCAUUUUCGUUGUUGAUGAGAGACCAAAUGCCGAAUUCCAAAGAAGGGGCAACGAUUUGUACAAAGAAUAUGAAGUUGAUUUAUUGACGGCUUUGGCUGGUGGAGAAAUUGGCUUCAAACACAUUUCAGGUGACUGGAUCAAGAUAAAUAUCACCCCUGGUGAAGUCAUUGCUCCUGGCGAAACAAAAAUAGUAGAGGGCCAAGGUAUGCCAAUUUAUAGACACGGUGGUAAAGGUAACUUGAUUAUCAAAUUUACAGUUGAAUUUCCAAAGAACCACUUUGCUGAUGAGGAUAAACUUAAGGAAUUGGCUUCCAUCUUGCCUCCAAGAAAACAAGUUCAAAUCCCAGAAGGUGCUGAAGUUGAUGAAUGUGAGAUGGUGAAAUACGAUCCUGCUAAGCACCAACAAAGAAGCAGAGCUAGCUACGACUCUGACGAUGAGGAUGGCCAAGGUCAACCAGGAGUCCAAUGUGCUUCUCAAUAA